AUGGCUUUUCACGAGAAUAGAAUCAUAAUAUCCACUCCCUUAACAGCAUCUGCUACAAUACAAAAUAGCUACGCAAGAAACUCACGAACAACUUCAAAUUUAUUUGUUAAAACCCUAUUUAAUAUUUUAGAAGAUGAAAAAUAUCAGAAUAUAAUUAAAUGGACAGAAAAGGGUGAUCGAUUUGUUGUAAUCGAUGCAGGAUUAUUCACUUCAGAUAUUUUACCUAUCCAUUUUAAUCAUUCAAAUUUUGCAAGUUUUGUAAGACAACUAAAUAAAUUUGGAUUUCAUAAGAUUAAAAAGACUCAAGAAGAACGAUUGAUGUGCAUCUAUGGAGAACAAAGCUGGGAGUUCAUUCAUCCAAACUUUAAGAAAAAUGAUAGAAUAUUAAUGGAAAAAAUAUCAAAGAAAAUUUCACGUACUAGUUCGAAGCAAGUGCCAGGUUCAGCAACAAACCAUAAGAAUAUUUCAGAAGUAGGUGUAAAAUCUGAAUCGACAGAAUUAUUUAUAGGUAAUUCACCUUUGUACGGCAAUGUAUCUAAUGAUAAUAGCAAAACUUUGCAUCAUGAAAGCCAAAACUAUAUUGAACCUAGUUUGGGAAUACAUAAAAGUAAGACUUUAGAUAAUAAUAAUGAUAGAAAAAAAAACCAUAAUAAUAGGAGUAAUUUUUCUACAUUAGACAAACCUUUUGUAAAAGUUAGCCGAGAGAAUCAAAUGGUAACAGAAAGCAACAACAGCUGUAAUAUAAAAGCAACAUCAAGUACUGAUAUUACCAAUAUUGUCACUUCUACUACAGACCACAUUGAAGAUUUUUUAUCUAUAAUUCAAGAUAAUAUCAAAAAUAGAUCAAGUAAAAGGGAUGAUAUCCUACAGGAAUUACAAACCAUCAAAGGUGACUUACGAAGGUUAUUUUCUAAAAUAGUAUUGUAUAAGCAAAGAACAGAUCAGCUACUUCUUUCUCUACUAGAAACGUAUUCCUCUGAACUUCAGAGUGCAAAUCAAACUUCAGUUAGCAGAGCUACGACUCUUGAUGAAACUAUUUUAUCCACACAUACAAAAAAUAUUAAAAUUCAAAAAGUUUCCAAGCAACCCUGGGCAAGAAAUGUAAAAGUAAAUACCUUGGACAAUGCAAACUAUACUGAUGAUCCAGAAACGUAUUUAAACAAUCCAGUAUUGGAGAAUAAUUCAAAGGAUUUAGUGGCUUCAGGGAAAUUUCAACUCCAUAGAGAUGAGACCUCCAAUAAAACUUCUGUGGUUUUACUUGGUGAUAAUGGUAACUCUACAUAUAUGUUACCAUCUGUUUUGAAUCUAGAUACUAUUUCCCAUUUAUUGGACAAAGGCAUGAAAAAUCAACUUAAUUUAUCCAAUAAUGUAAACCAAUUUGAAUUCUCAAAUGACUAUAAAGCCAAUGAAUAUCUUGAAAAUUCCAAAACGGAUUAUAUCAAAGAGGCAAAUGUAUCAUUAUAUGAUAAGGGUUUCCAUAUUCUGAUAAUUGACGCUGAUCCGAUGUUUAUAGAACGUUGCAAGACUGUAUUAGAGCAGUAUAGAAUAACAGUAGAUAUUAUGCAAGACUGGCCCAAAACAAAAGAAAAAAUCCUGAAUAAAUGUUAUGAUUUAGUAAUUAUUGAUGCACACGUGAAGUUUUUAAAUGUACCAAUUUUAGAAAGUAUGUUGUCUUCAAUUCAAUAUCACCCACCAAUUAUAUUGAUGACAUCUUCAUUAAAUGAUCAACAGUUGAUAUUUUACUUGCAACAUGGAAUUAACAGCAUAUUAGAAAAACCAUUUCAUUCACAUAAGCUACUGAAAUUUCUUGUAAAUCUCUUAAAAGAUAAAAUAUCAAUUAGCUAUUCAAAAAAUAAUUCCGAAAUUCGAUUUAAAAGUUCAUCUACAAAUAAGAACAAAGCAUAUGAACCCCUUCCAUUAAGUAUAACACAUGCAUCAGAACUAACCUUUCAGAAGGGAAAUAUAUUAUAUAUGCAGAAUGGUAAUUAUCCGAAGGCAAUGAGGAACCCUAUUCUUUUAUCAUCAAAACGAAAUAAAUCUUUUAAUUCUAUGAAAUUAAAAACGUUCCAAUACAAACCAUCAGAAUUUAACAAGCAUGGGACCGAGUUUAUUCAUAAGACGCUACCAUGUACACCAACAACAAAUUCAUCUACAAGAAGGCUGCACAACACAAUUUCACAAGCUAAAACAAUUAGUAAUCAAGAAAAUGCUAAGAAUAAUAAUGCAAUGCUCCCUUCACCACCACAGUCACAACUACGUGGAAUUGCAGUCAGAGAUAAUAGUGCAAACCAGACAAUACAGCUACCUUCUCAGCCAUGUUUUUCUUCUGAUAAAGUUGUCAUUUCAAAAGAUGUGCAUUCCAAUGAUAGUUCUUAA